AUGUCUUCUCACAACGCUGUCUAUUAUGGCAAGUCCAAGGACAAGCCAGGUUUCGGUGGCAAGAAUUCCGCACUUCGAAAGGUCCCCAACCAUCCGACCUAUAACAUAGAUCGAUUCAUUGGCCGCAGCGGGCAGAUCGUCAGUCACCAGCAACGCCAAUCGCCAGGCUCAGGACGUGCAGAGGUAGAAACUAGAGCCAUAGCAGCAAGACAAGCUAGAGCCACCGCAAUUUUACACGCAUUCGAUACACAGUUCAGUCAUUCUAGCAAGCCUCCAGAACAGUAG